AUGCCGUCGGUACAUUCCUCGGGCUUGGCAACCAGCCGCCAUGCUCCUGCGGUUCUCUUGACGGACUGCCUCGAAAAGCCUUCGCUUGACGACCGUGACUAUCGCGUUGUCCUCCUCGAGAACAAGCUGGAGGUACUUCUCGUCCACGACCCGCAGGCCGACAAGGCCAGUGCUGCCUUGGACGUCAAUGUUGGCAAUUUCAGCGAUUCGAAAGAAAUGCCUGGUUUGGCACAUGGUGUAGAACAUCUUUUAUUCAUGGGCACAAAGAAAUAUCCCGGGGAAAAUGAAUACAACCAGUACUUGGCUGCCAACUCGGGCAGCUGCAAUGCCUACACGGCAGCCACUUCCACUAACUUCUUCUUUGAGGUGGCGGCCAAGCCAGCCAACGAUGAAGAACCUUCAGACACCAAUCCGUCACCGCUUUUUGGGGCUCUUGACCGCUUUGCGCAGUUUUUCAUUGAGCCCUUGUUUUUGGAAAACACGCUGGACAGAGAGUUGAACGCUGUGAACGACGAGAACCGCAAGAACCUGCAAAAUGAUAUCUGGCGCUUAAACCAGUUGAACAAGUCGCUAGCAAAUCCCGAGCACCCCUAUUGUCAUUUCUCUACGGGUAACUUGGAAGUGCUCAAGACGAAACCCGAGUCCCAAGGGAUCAAUGUUCGUGACAAGUUCGUCGAAUUCCAUGACAAGCACUACUCUGCCAACCGAAUGAAGCUUGUUGUUCUUGGCCGCGAACCCCUUGACGUACUACAGAAAUGGGUGGUGGAACUGUUCUCGGGCAUUGAAAACAAGAAUCUGCCUCAGAACAGGUGGACACAGCAACCACUGUAUCGUGAUGCCGACCUGGGCACACAGUGCUUUGCCAAACCAGUGUUGGACUCAAGGACGCUGGGUCUGUUGUUUCCCUUCAUCGAUGAGGAGAAUAUGUUUGAGACGCAACCGAGCAGAUACAUUAGCCACCUAGUUGGGCAUGAAGGCCGCGGCAGCCUUUUUUCAUACCUUAAAAACAAGGGCUGGGCCAAUAGCAUAUCUGCCGGUGCGUAUCCUGGAUUGGAUCACUACCCCGAAAUCGCCAUGGUCUUUUUCCAGUACGUUGCUAUGCUACGGGAAAGUCCUCCGCAGCAAUGGAUAUUCGAAGAGCAGAAGGUCAUGGCCGAGGAGAACUUCAAGUUCACACAAAAGACACUGGCUAGCAAAUUCACGAGUUCUAUCAGCUCGGUCAUGCAGAAGCCUUUGCCCCGUGAGUGGUUGCUUAGCGGCCAAAAGCGAUUGCGAACUUUUGACGCCUCACUUAUUACAAAGGCUUUGGAAAAGCUGUGCCCAGAGAACAUGAGACUUGUGAUUGUUUCUCAAGAGUAUCCAGGAGACUGGGACAAGAGGGAAUAUUGGUACGGAACAGAGUACCGUCACGAGAAAAUACCCCCGAGCCUCAUGGCCGAACUCCAGGCAGCGCUUAAAAUGUCCAAAAAUAAGCGUCUGCCCGAAUUACAUUUGCCGCACAAGAACAACUUCAUCCCUAAUAAACUCGAAGUGGAGAAGAAGGAGGUCUCAAAACCUGCACUGGCUCCACGGGUCUUACGGAAUGACCAAGGAGCGCGGACUUGGUGGAAGAAGGACGAUACAUUUUGGGUCCCCAAAGCAAAUGUCUUUGUUAGCUUACAAAGCCCAAUUUUCCACGCGUCUGUGGGGAAUUGCGUCAAGGCGACACUCUUCACUCAGCUUGUUGAAGAUGCCCUCGAAGAAUAUUCAUACGAUGCCGCACUCGCCGGGCUACAGUAUAGCGACUCGCUUGAUACGCGAGGACUCUGCAUAAAACUCUCUGGAUACAACGAGAAGCUCCCUGUCAUGCUGGAGCAGGUGGUCAACACCAUGAGAGGCCUCGAUAUCCAGGAGGAUCGCUUUCGUAUCGUCCAUGAGCGGCUUGUACGUGCCUAUGAAAACUCACAACUUCAGUCGUCCUUUCAACAAAUAGGAGGCUAUUUGCCUUGGCUCAACGCCGAGACUCUCUACAAUGUAGAGGAAAUGGCUGCCGAGCUUAAGCACGCCACUGUUGAUGCUGUGCGACUUUUCCAAAAGCACAUGCUGUCUCAGUUGUACAUUGAAGUAUAUGCACACGGCAACCUGUCUCGAGGCGACGCUGUCAAGUUGACUGACAUGGUCGAGACCACGCUCAGGCCUCGUCCUCUACCUCGAUCUCAAUUGCCGAUUAUUCGCUCUCUCAUACUUCCUCGUGGUUCCAAUUUUGUUUUUAAGAAGGAGCUAAAAGACCCUCAAACUAUUAACCAUUGUAUUGAGACAUGGUUUUACGUUGGCGACCAAGGCGACCGCCAACUCAGAGUAAAGACUCUUCUUACUGCACAGAUGAUUCAAGAGCCCGCGUUUGACCAACUUCGCACCAAGGAGCAACUUGGAUACGUCGUCUUCUCAGGCAUGAGAACCUUUUCCACUACUUCUGGACUUCGAUUCUUGAUACAAAGCACGCAGAAACCCAAGUACAUUGACAGACGAAUUGAAGCCUUCUUGGUUCAAUUUGGACAGAAGCUUGAGCAGAUGAGCGACUCCGAGUUCGAGAGUCACAAGCGAAGUCUGAUGGUUAGGCUCCUUGAGAAACUGCGUAAUCUCGAUCAGGAAUCGUCGAGACACUGGGGUCCAAUUGAUGGCGAGUAUUACGACUUCGAGCUAGACCAGCAAGAUGCGGCCCAUGUUAAGCCACUUACCAAGGCAGAAAUGGUGCAAUUCUACAAGACCUAUUUCCACCCCUGCUCAAGCACUCGUUCUCGCCUCUCAGUGCAUCUCAAGGCACGCGGCCUGGAUACAAAGGUCAUGGAAAUAUUGAAAGAAGCCGGUGUUGAGGAUGUCCCAAAAAAGAAGCGGAAGAGUGUGGACGUCUUACGCGAGUAUCUUGAAAGCGGCGAAAUUCUCCAAAGUGAAAACUUAGGUGCUGUUAUUUUAAAGAUUCAGAAAUGCGGACUUCCUCCGUCUACCGAAACUAACGCGACAAAUGGGUCCACGAAAGAUACCGGUGCAGUCGAAACAGCUCAGAAGAUUACCGACGUGCGCCAGUUCAAAGCGAGUCUGCAGGCUAGCUCAGGCGUACGACCUGUCAAGCAGAUUAGUGAGUUUGAAGAGACCGAUGCCAAGUUAUAA